UCUACCUAGAGAAGUUGGCGGAUAUCAGCAGAACCUGGACUGGCAGCAAGACCUUGCUGACGCUCCAGCUGGAGAGGAGGAGACAUCAAGACCGACGUCUGUUGAGCUGCUUUCUGAACAUCAACUUCGUUCUUCUUUUGUUUCAGCUGUAGCUGGGUGAGAUCAAUUACGGCAGGUGACAAACACAAGGAGACAGAAACACAGAGACAGAGAGGAAGGAAAAGAGGAUAGCAUCCCUUGGCAGCGACGGCAUUUCCAGCCCUGCAGUCUGCCGCAGGGAGGAGCGUUCCCGCAGCGAUGGAGUCAUGCGGCACAGUGGUGAGCACCACACUUGCCGUCUUCUCGGUUCUGCAUCUGGGUCUGAUGGCUCAGCAAAACAAACCAGAGAUUGGGAUCGCAGGACAGGAGGUGAUCCUGAAAUGCAGAGGCAUACCUCAUGACAAACGUGUGACCUGGAAGUACGAUAAGGCUGUUAUAAGGUCGUUUGAAGAUAAACAUUUGAGAGGCAAAGCUGCCAUGACCGAUCGAUCUGAAAUCAACUCCAACAGUAAACACCUGAGGGUGUUGGACUUAAGGCUCUCCGAUGCCGGCACCUACAUCUGUGAAUCUGGCUCUCACAGAGUCAGUAUCUCACUGCAUGUCUUUAAAUUGACGAUCUCUUCAGAUGGGCACUUCCUGUCAAAUGAAGUCCCUGAGCUGACUUUAAUGCAAAAUUCAUCCCAUACUCUACCAGAUCUCAACAUCACAUUGUUUAACAAUAACAAUAACAUAGUAAGACCAACAAUCUCAGAAAAGAAGACCCAUCAAAAAUACACACUGAAGUUAAAGCAACUGGAGGCUACGGACAGCGGGACCUGGAUGUGUCAUGUCCAAUCAGCCUCUCCAUUGAUUAAUCAGAACAUCUCCUUUGAUGUGAAGGUAUUAGGUUUUCAGAAUACAGAUUUGGAAAGAAAGUAUGCAACUGCUGAUAGCACUGUCAUCUUGUCAUGGCAUCUGAACUUCCGGAAAAUAAAAUGGAAAGAAGGUUUCACAGGACAACUGAAUUGGAAACAACAGGAAAGUGCAACCGCUCAUGAGCUACUUGAUUUCAACGUCACAGCACGAGGAGAGCAGCAUGAGACCAAAAAAAGCAGCCGCUUUCAGUUUGAGAUAAGAAAACCUGAAAGUACCAUAGAACUGAAACUCCCCAAAGUCCAUUUCAACCACUCUGGGCAGUACCAGUGCCAGCUGGCAUACAAUAGAAGAUAUGUGCAGAGCAAGAUAGAGCUGAUGGUGAUGAAAGUCUCAGCUAACCCUGCUGGGCCACUCCCCAGAGGGGCCGAGAUGACCCUGACCUGCCAGGUCUCUAGUCCACUCCCAUCCAAUGCCCACUUGCGCUGGGAACGUGUGAAUGGGACUCAGAUGGACAUCAAGAAGUCAAAGCAGAAUGCAGUAAAAGUGGAGGUGAACGUCAGUGCUGCAGGGCUGUGGAACUGUCACCUCAUAGAAGAAAAUGACAAGAAGAUCAGCCUUAAUUACCACGUGGAGGAAGCUCCUGUUUGGAUUAGCUAUGUGGUAAUUGGCGCAAGUAUUGGAGGCAGUGUAUUGGUGUUUGGCCUUGCAUGUCUGUGUGUCAUCAGUGGUAUAAGCUGGCAGCGGAGAAGGCAACGGGCAAAAAGGAUGGCACGAGCAAGACAAUACUUGCUGGAAAACAAGACAUGUCAGUGUCAACACCGGUUGAAUAAGUAGUAUUGCAGCACUGGAGUCAGAAGGACUGAUGAAGUCUCUUCCUGUACCUACACACCUGCCAGCCCGUAGUGCUCUGUGAAUCCAUCUCCCUUUCUCCUGUUUUGAUACAAUUCUUUAUUCCUUCAUCAUUCCCCCAGUCUAAUGCCAUGGAGGGAUGUUGUCUGGCUAGUUGAUGGACAAGGCAAGAAACCCUAAAGGAUUAUGACUGAUCCCCAGUUCUACAAUGAGAGACACUGAACAGAAGAUAUAUAUACAUAUACAUAUAUAUGCUUGUAUUUUGCUCAUGCACUUAAAUCGACCUGCUUGUGAAACCAGCUUUAUGCGCU